GCUUUCCGCUCAUCUCUUGCAGGGUUGUAGUCAUGUUUUGAGCCUCAUGCGAUCCACGCGGAUGGCUAAGGAGACCUUGUGCCUCCUCUACCUCCCCGGCUGUGGCUCGUUGCCGGGCGGCCGGAAGGAACGCUUCUUGCAGGCCUAUGCCGACAAGAAAGGCCAUCUCCUUCGCUGCUUGGAAUACUCCAAACCUUUGGGAGCGGAAGGUGCUUGGAUGCAGAAGGACUUGAGCAGCCUGCAUGAAGCCCUCAGAGAUGCAGAAGCCGCUGCCGAUGAGCUCACGACGGAUACGCAUCGACGACUGGUCCUCGUGGCGGCCUCCAUGGGUGGAUGGAUCGCCGCAAGCCUGGCUUCCUCGCGCUUUCGUCACGUCUUCGGCGCCCUGCUGCUGGCGCCCACGGCGGCCUGCAGCGCAGCCAAGGUGCUGCCUGGCCAAGGCGGCAGGUUCUCCGGCACCGACUUGCUGCCAUCGCAACAUUCGGAUCAGGGCUAUACGAUCCAUGGGGCAAUCCGCCAGGAACUCCAGGAACAUACCAUCGAAGACAGGAUUCCAGCAUCCUGCCUUGUUCGUAUCAUGCAUGGAGACAAAGACGAAGCCAUCCCGAUGGAAGCAUCUGAAAUGUUGCAGCUCCACUUGAAGGCCAAAGGGGUGAAGGCCGAGCUGCGUCGAGUCACAGGAGGGGAUCAUCGUCUGUCAUCAGAAGUGGAACUCGCCAUUUUGGAGGAAGAGUUGGACCAGCUCCUUUUUGACCUGGGUGCUGGGGAAAAAAAAAGUGACCG